AUGGCUACUCUUCCAGUUUCCAACCCUCCCAUCAACAUUGAUGAUGUCCAAGAACUAAGAAAAAUUAACCCAAAUACAAUUCCUGAAAGGUUUGUGCAAGAUGUCACCGAAAGGCCAAACCUUAAUGGCAUACCUCUCUCACUCUCACCAUCACCUGAUGACAUGCCCAUCAUUGAUUUUUCUAAGCUUACCAAAGGAAACAAAGAAGAAACCCAUGAAGAGAUUUUGAAGCUUUCAACUGCUUGUGAGGAGUGGGGUUUUUUUCAGAUAAUUAAUCACGAUAUUGAUCUGGAUUUGCUGGAGAGCAUAGAGAAGAUCACCAGGGGGUUCUUCAUGUUACCUUUGGAAGAAAAACAGAAAUAUGCAUUGAUUCCAGGUACUUUUCAAGGUUAUGGCCAGGCUUUGGUUUUCUCGGAGGACCAGAAGUUAGAUUGGUGCAACAUGUUUGGUCUUGCAAUUGAGACUGUAAGGUUUCCACAUCUAUGGCCUCAGAGGCCAGCCGGAUUCAGUGAAGCAGUGGAAGAGUAUUCAAGAGAAGUGAAGAAACUAUGCCAGAAUAUGCUGAAGUACAUAGCAUUAAGCCUGGGGUUGAAGGGGGAUGUGUUUGAGAAGAUGUUCGGUGAGACAUUGCAAGGGAUUAGGAUGAAUUACUACCCUCCUUGUUCUAGACCUGAUCUUGUUUUGGGUCUGAGUCCCCAUUCAGAUGCAAGUGCCAUCACUGUGCUGCAACAAGCAAGGGGAAGCCCAGUGGGACUAGAAAUACUCAAGGACAAUACAUGGUUGCCUGUUCUGCCAAUUCCAAAUGCACUAGUCAUAAACAUUGGUGACACAAUAGAAGUGCUUACAAAUGGAAGAUACCAGAGUGUGGAGCACAGAGCUGUGGUUCAUCAGGAGAAAGAUCGCAUGUCAAUUGUGUCAUUUUAUGCUCCUAGUUCUGAAUUAGAGCUAAGUCCAAUGCCAGAAUUCGUGGACGAAAACAACCCAUGCAGGUUUAGAAGCUACAAUCAUGGAGAGUACACUGUACACGUCUCAGAAAGCAGGUUACAGGGGAAAAAGACCUUGAACAACUUUGCCAGAAUCUAA